AUGGCUACAUUGAACUCACUAAGAUAUUACCGUGGAUUCAUGACAAACUGGCAAGCCUCGACUCGGAAGGAGUUGGAGGACGUGCUCCAAAAGCUCAAGUGGGGCGCGGACUCAGCUCACGGUGACAAUAUGGGAACCCUAAAAGAACUUGUAGCCUCAUGGGUGAACAUUGAGUGUAAUCCAACUCCGCUCAUCAGGACUGAUGACAAGCACCAUCAAGGUUUCAUAAACGAUGCAUCCGGUAAACUUCUCUGCCCAUCGGAAUGGUGCUGGGAAGACCCAGUUGUCAGGGCUGGUAUUCGUGACUGUACAACGACUUUCAUCGUGUCUGAGAAUUUGUGGCCGUCUUUCUUGUAUGAAACCUAUAAAGCUGACACCACAAAUUUGGAGUGUGGUCUCUUUAAGUCGAAACUGUUGGUGAUGGGGUUCAAGGCAAUAUUUACUUCUCCCUCCUCCGCCAACGAAGUGGAUGUGGAUGGUGAUGGUGCUGAUGUCAUUGAGAACAACCGACGUGCACAGAGAUGCUCAGAUCAAGCCAAAGUCAAGACAUGCAUUGCCUCUAUUAUAGGUAUGAGGAAGGUGACUCCUUGCACAAUUGUGUAUGCAGCUUGCCAGGUAUUCUGGGACAACAUUGUAGAUUUCUUCAAGGAAGCCCCAGGUCCAGCGGCGCAGACCAGAGUAAAAGCUCUCCUUAAAUGGUGGACUAGAAAGGUGUUUGGAAGAAACCAUCAGGAUGACUUGAUGCUUAACGUUAUUUCUCAAAUGUCUGUCAGCACUCUGGCCGCCCAGAGAGAGGAAAUGGAGGACACUGCAUUUGACUAG